UGCUGCUCCCGCAGCGCUAAUUUGCACGACCAGCGUGCACCAGAGGCAGCCCGCAUAGCACCAUGGCCGAGUCCACGAAGGAGCUGACCGAAGACGGCGCGAAGGUCACGACCGUAGCCGAGGGCGCCGAGGCUACCGCCGCGCCUCCGGCGGAACCGGGCCGCACCAUCAUCAUCCUCUUCGGCCCGCCGGGCUCGGGCAAGGGCACACAAGCUCCCAGGAUCGUGGACGCGUUAGGUACGCCCCAGUUAUCCACGGGGGACAUGCUGCGCGCGGCCGUCGCGGCCGGGACGGAAGUAGGAAAAAAAGCUGAUGAAGUGAUGAAGAGCGGCGCGUUGGUCGAUGACGACCUCGUGGCGGCGAUCAUCAAGGAUAGGAUCGCUGCUGAUGAUUGCAAGGGCGGGUUUUUGCUCGACGGCUUCCCGCGGACCGUCGGCCAGGCGGAGAAGCUAGAUGCCAUCCUCAAGGAGACGAACGAAAGCGUGAGCAUGGUUUUGAGACUAUGUGUCCCGGACGAAGACUUGGAGGCUCGCAUCUGCGGCCGCUGGAUCCACCAGGCUUCUGGCAGGUCGUACCACGCGACCAAUAAAAAGCCCAAGUCCCUGCCCGACGGCGCGGAGCCCAGCGCCGAGAACAUGCUGGAUGAUGAGACGAACGAGCCGCUCAUGCAGCGCAAGGACGACACGAAGGAAGCGCUCGUCGAGCGCCUCAAGGGCUACCACGAGAUGACGACGCCUUUACUCGACCACUACAAGGCCGUCGUCAAGGAGGUCGACGCGGCGAAAGCUCCCGCCGAGAUCGGGCCCCAGAUCGACGAGCUCGUCGCGCCGUACAAGAAGUGAGAUCCUAUCCGCCUAAGUUCUUGAGCCUUACUUCUUCGCGGCGGCGGCGUCAGGUGGCGCCUCCUCUCUGGACUCUUUUCAUAACAUAUCAGUACGCG